AUGGUGGAAGAUUUUUCAAAUAGUGGAAUAAAACUAAGCUUGAUAGGAAGCUCUCAAUCUGGAAAAUCUUCAAUUCUUUCUAGAUUUUUGAAUCAUUGCUUUAGUGACUCAUACAAACCGACGAUAGGUGUAGAAUUUGUAUGCUUUAUUUUAGCAAUUCAAGCAAAUUCCUUGAAAGGGGAAAUCCCUCUCCAUACAAGCAUGAGACACUUCUGGUGAUGCUUCUUGAAGAAGUAUGACUUUAUCUAAUUAUAUUCAUACCCAAGGUUUCCUAAUCGUUUACAGCUUGAAUGAUAGAAACUCCUUUGAAGAAGCCAAAAUAUUUAUAAGCCUUUUCAAAUCUCGUGCUAAUAAUCUAGCUUAUGCUGUGCUAAUUGGAAACAAAUGCGAUUUGAAAAGUGAGCGACAAGUCUCGUAUGAAGAAGGGAAACAAUUGGCUGAUGAAAACGAAAUCUUAUAUUUGGAAACUUCAGCCAAAAAUGGGAUAAAUGUCCAUUUUUCAAUAAAGACAUUAUGUGAGACAGUAAUAUUAUUGUGCAAAUAA